GAGGGGCUGCAGUCUAACCGGAAACGGUGUCAGCGAGAAAUACAACGUCGAACCAACUGAAUUCAGUUUUAAUGUAUGUACAUCUUACAUAUGACAGUUUCGUCAGAGUGUAGAUCUGUUAAAAGAAAGUGUUAGUUAGUUAGUUGAUAAAGUGGACUCGCGUGUCCGUGGCUUGAAUAAUUAUUAGUGCGCCUACAGGACUGGAAUCGUCGCACAGGCUAACGGGAGUGUGUGUGUGGGAGAAGAGAGCGGUCCUGCCCCCUUCAAUGACCGGCCUCCCGUGUCUGCACUCCCGUGACCAUGGAAGACUCCCGUGAUCCGCGUUAAGCCGAACCCCUGCCUUGCGGUGUUGCGCUAUCAAUGUGCCCGACUGGCGGGUGCUUCAUAAGGCUGUCAAUUGCCUGAUAGAAGCGUUAUCUGCCCGUUUUCCCAUCUGGAAAGUUCUUGGCAGGGGAUAAACCAGGAGAUUUGAAGGAGAAGCGGGCCUGCCCUGAGCCAAAAUGGUGAACUGGAGGUGGUUGCUACGGAUGUCCAACCGGUCGUUUCUGGCCUUCGUCUUCUUCUUCUGCCUGUCCUUCACAUGUCUCUACUUCAUUUACGUGGCUCCUGGAUUAGCCAACACGUACUACUUUAUGGUCCAGGCUCGGGGCAUCAUGUUGAGGGACAACGUGAGGACCAUUGGUCACAUGCUCCGAUUGUACACCAACAAGAACAGUACAGUAAAUGGGACAGACUAUCCUGAUGGCAGUAACUCCAGUGAGUACAUGGUCCAGCCAACUCUGUAUCUUCCAGAAAAUUUCACCUAUGCUCAGAAUCUGCCCUGCCCUGAGCGAUUACCUUCUAUGAAGGGAUCAAUGGAAGUUAACAUGACGGAGAUCCCACUAGAAGAGCUCGAGGUAAAGUUCUCCAUGAUGUAUGGAGUAAAGUUUGGAGGUCAUUGGAAACCCAAGGACUGCCGACCUCGCUGGAAGGUGGCGAUCUUGAUUCCAUUUAGAAAUCGGCAUGAGCAUCUUCCCAUCCUCUUUCAACACCUCAUCCCCAUGCUGCAGAGACAGCGCCUCCAGUUUGCCUUCUAUGUGAUUGAACAGAGCGGCACCCAGCCUUUCAACAGAGCCAUGCUGUUCAACGUGGGGUUCGUGGAGGCCAUGAAGGACCUGGACUGGGAUUGCUUCAUCUUCCACGACGUGGACCACAUCCCUGAGAACGACCGCAACUACUACGGCUGUGGUCAGAUGCCACGACACUUUGCUGCCAAGUUGGACAAAUACAUGUACAUUCUUCCAUACAACGAGUUCUUUGGAGGUGUGAGUGGACUCACCGCGGAGCAGUUCCGUAAAAUUAACGGCUUUCCUAAUGCAUUCUGGGGCUGGGGAGGAGAAGAUGACGACUUGUGGAACAGAGUUCAUUACGCUGGUUUUAAUGUCACACGACCAGAAGGAGAGAUCGGCAGGUACCAGUCGAUUCCCCAUCACCACAGAGGAGAGGUGCAGUUUCUUGGAAGGUAUAAACUACUGAGGUAUUCCAAGGAGCGACAACACCUGGACGGCCUCAACAACCUCCACUACAACCCCCUCGUUUCCCUCAGCAGCCUCUACAAAAACGUCACCGUGGACCUAUCUCCUGAGCUUGCGCCAAUCACAGACUACUGAACUGCUGCCAUCAUUUUUCACCCCCACCGCUCCACUCCUCACUCUUUGUACCCUCGACUUACCCCGGCUCCCUUACAGCCUGGCCUUUCAUCGUGCCAUUUUCACCUGAUAAAAAGACUGUGCGGCGAUGGUGGAGGCGAGAAGGCACCAUGUGAUGCUGCCAAGAAAUCCUAGUUGGAGAAAAAAAAACAAGCAGAAAAAGUGUGUGUGUGUGUGUGUGUGUAUGUGCGUGUGUUGGUGCAUGUCCUCGCUGGCUUAACUACUACUAGUCGGUGUCGGUCACAGGGAGCAGCAGCGUCUCCGCUCUGAUGUUUACUGCGAAGCCUUAAAUGUGGCAGAACCGCAGCUCCCUCUGCCCCGACUCGACUCGACUCCGCUCAGCUCUGCACUGCUUCUCUUAGUCUCAUCACUGUCACCUCGUAGGCCAACAGAAGCGUCGUCUCACUUUCUUUCUAAACAUAUCAGUUUCGUUGGGUCGCCGCAUUUCUGUUACCACUUUAUCAAGGAGAGAUCCCAAUGAGGUCAUGAUUACUAUUUGUUUUUAUUUUUGAUACAUGUUAUUUAUUUCUCUAUGACCAGGAGUCUGUGUCCAGGAGCACUCCCAGUUACACUACUCACUCUGGUAUUUGCUAACUUUUUUGUUUUUCUUCCUUCUGCUGCACUGCUGCUGAACGCGCAUGAAUCUGUAUGUAAAUAUGGCCUCUUUAGUGCUCGAACACAGAAGACCAGUAUGUAAAUAUGAGCCUUUAAAUUCUCGGGCAUAUCACAGUGAUAUUCCAGUGGAUCUGAGUUUAGUUUUUGGCAGCUACCUUUCAUUUUAUUAAGAGUGGUUUUUCUUCCCAGCAGGAAGAGAACUUGACUGUGUAGGAUGUUUGGCUUAUAUUAAAAAAAAAAAACCAAACAACAACAACAAACAAACUACAAUUCAUGAGAUUUGACAUCAUCCUUGCAUGCCUUAACUUAUUUUGUUUACAAAAUUUCCAUUUUAUGUUUUUCCACAAACAAAAUUGCCAUCAGUUGAAGAUGUGUAUAUUUUUAGUUUGCCUUUUUCUUCUUCUUGAGUUGCACUGUGUGAACAGCCAACAGCUGAUCUCCCACGAUCAGCUGCUGCAGCGGGAAGUGUGUCCUACAAACAUACUGCACUGCAAGUUCAUAGUCUCACAUGAGUACAUGUAUAUUUUUGCCUAAGAUGAUGUUUUAUUUUUUACAGUUUUUAUUGUUUCCUUCCUAACGUUAUAGCGCUGGACCAUGUGAAAAAAAAGCUCUUCAUUGUACUGUACCAUGCUGUGGAGCAUGGCGACUGGGGCUAGAUACUGUGUGUGUCUGGACUGUAGUGUUAGCGAUAUUAUUAUUAUAUCUACUUUUCUUUUCCCAAAGCAUAUGAGGCAGCCAGGAGAGCCAGAAUGAGAGAACUGUGGCGACAGCUUCUGGCAGCUGAAGCUACUGGAGUUCUUGAGUGGCACAAUAUCUUGACAAAAAACAAACAAAAAAAAAACUUAUUUCUGCAAUAUUUGAACUCUAGAAGAAAAAAAGAUGUAAUUUUGUUGGCAGGUGUCUUUGGACCAGAUGUUCAUUGUUGAGAUUAUCUACAGUAUCUCAAGAGUUUUCAAUUCAACACGAACUGUAUGUUUUGAACAUUGACUGUAUAUAAGAAAUGGACUUGGCUUAAGAUAAGCCUCGGAAAAGUCUAGGAGAAGUGAGGUUAUUUUUCACUACAUUUGUAAUGGGAGUAAACCCCUCCUCUGCCCCAAUAGUUUACCAUCACAAUAAUAAUUUUCAGUUGCAGUUAAUGGACCACGAAAUUAUUAGUCUUAAUUGUAGUUUACAGUUCCAUUUGGUAGAAAUUAUCAAUGACAAAGCCGGACUUUUGGAGUUGACACUGCAAAUGGUUUAUAGAUUUGACAUGUGUGUGAAACUGCAUUUCAUUAACUCUACACAGAGUAACAGUUUACAAAUGUUACUACAUCACCUUUCUGUUGGUAAAGACCUGAAACUAGCGACAAAGACCAUAAACAUUCCAAGAAUUUGUUUUUGAUGUUAUAAAUCUAGUGAGAACUCGCCUCACUUUUCCAGACAUCGUACAGAAUUAGUUCUGGAAUCUGCACUGAACUUAAUGUAGGACUUUUCCUGGGCUUCAUUUUUUAUAACCACGUCUCGUCAGUUUCUUAUAUACUUUUUUGAUUUGUUCAACCUUUGAGUUAAAGAGUCAGAACUCUGGCCAUCUUCUUGAUCUUGCUUUUUACAUCUUGUGAAACUGCCUCAUGACGUGUCCUUCAGGUUGUGUUCAGACUGCAGGAUUGUGACGUGACUUUCAAAACUUGGACGUAGGAAAAAAAAUAGAGACGCAUAGUCCCGCUCCUCAAACAAUUUUGGUGCAGCAGUGUUUCCCCCGAUACUCUGUACCGUAAUGAUUGAACACGAGGAGCGAGGGCAUCUCUUUGGUUUUGAUGUCCUGACAUGUCACACCAGUUCAUCUGUUCUCAGAUUUUGAACAGCCAGUGAUCAGAUUGACACAAAUUGUCCAGAAACAUUUCAUAAAUACCUCUGAUGGGGUUUAAACGGAGUAAAUCUCAAUUUUUGCACUGUCUAAUCUGCUUUUAGUCUGUAUAUGAAAAUCAACCUUUUUAUUCUUGCAGUCUGAACAAGGUCUUAGGUCACAAUACAUUUUGUGGUUUUUAAUAUUUGGUUGUCAGUCCAAAUGGUGCUUCUGCAUCCCACUGUGAGACACAUCCACUGAUGGCGCCCCCUAGAGCUUUGGUGACCAAAGAUCUGUAUGACGUUGAGAAUCAAAUGGUCUCCAUGUCACUGUCAUUGACUCUUAUUGUUAAAACAAAAAAAAUCCCAUUUCCCACAUUUCUUACCUCUGUUGAAACCGUUCAUACGUCAUAUCUCACAGUCUCCAUCAGCUUAUCAACUUAAACUACGUCGUCAUGGAUGUGUAGAUGAUGUUGGCAGAUGCACAACUGGACAGAUAUUUGUUUGCUGCUGAGUAUCAUCGGAAAUAAUUAAAAAAAAAAUCUCUGAAGCAGCA